GAGGAGGCAGGGAGAAUAACAAGGCUGAGGGAGAGCUGCUGAAGGAGGAAAGAGCUAUGAAAAAAAGCGAGGGAGAAGGGGAAAUCAUAGCAGCACAGAGAGGAGACCAGACGAAGAGGAGAAGAAGGAUGCGUGGAGGGGAGAGCGGUGAUCAGUAAGGUCUCCAGAGGAGCAGAGGAGAUGAGGAGAGGAGGGUGAAGCAGGCAGAGUAGAAAACAGCCAACCGCUGAGGGAGCCAUGCUCUGAGCUCUGGAGCUGCAGGGCUACUCAGACACCGCUGAGAGUCAGGCCUACAGCUGGGGCCUCCAUCCCUGCCACCAGCACCGCAGAGGAAGAUUCCCAUCCCAUCAGACGCACAGAGGAAUCAUGAGGACAUCCAGGAAAGGCAGCGUGGAGAUGCCUGCGUUUGUGCGGCAGCUGGUGAAAGAAACGGAGAAGAGGGUCAGCUCCUUCUUCAAAGGAGGCCGUGGAGGAGCUGCUGAGGGGGAGCAGCCAGGAGAAGGGGAGAAAGAGGAGGUCAUGCCCAGCCCCUACCUGGACCGGCCAGUUCUGGACAAGCUGACGGAGGAGGGCUGCGCCCGCUGGGGCCUCACGUACGCCCUGGGGAGCAUGCAGGGCUGGAGGGCCAACAUGGAGGACUUCCAUAACUGUGUGCCUCAGCUUGGUGGGGAGUUGGCGGACUGGAGCUUCUUCGCCGUGUUCGAUGGUCAUGCUGGCAGCACCGUGGCUCAGUAUUGCUCCCAGCACCUUCUGGGUCACAUCCUGACUGCAGAUGGAAUUGGAGCUGAAGACAAUCCUGAAAAGGUGAGGGGAGCCAUCAUCGAGGGCUUCAUGCAGACAGACAAACACCUGCACUCUGCGGCCCGUCGAGAAGGCUGGGAGAGGGGCGGCACCACGGUGGUGGCAGCUCUCAUUUCGCCCUACUACAUCUACUUUGCCAACUGUGGGGACUCCAGAGCCAUGCUGUGCCGGUCCGGACAGGUCUGUUUCUCCACUGAGGACCACAAACCCUUCAGCCCCCUGGAGAAGGAGCGGAUCGAAAGCGCAGGGGGCUCCGUGUCCCUCCAGCGAAUCAAUGGCUCCCUGGCUGUGUCCCGCGCAUUGGGGGACUUCAGCUACAAGGGGGCGGAGAACCGGACCCCCUGCCAGCAGAUGGUGUCCCCAGAACCGGAGGUGUGUGUUGUGGAGCGCUCACCAGCAGAUGAGUUCCUGGUGCUGGCCUGCGAUGGGGUCUGGGACACCAUCAGCAAUGAGGAGCUGUGCGCCUUCAUCCACAACAGACUGCGGGUCUGCAAUGAACUGAGGGACGUCUGCGCUCAAGUCAUUGACCUCUGUCUCUAUAAGGGCAGUUUGGACAACAUCAGCAUCAUUCUGAUCUGCUUCCCCGGAGCCCCCCAGCUGUCAGCGGAUGCACUGCACCAGGAGGCCGAGCUGGAGGAUCUGCUGGAGGCCAAAGUGGCAGAAAUUUAUGAAGAGUUAUGCUCCGCUGGCGAAGAGCCUGACCUCCUGUCUGUCCUCACUGUCCUGGCAUCCACUGCCAUCCCCGGAUUACCACCAGGUGGAGGCAUUCAGAGCAAACGGAACUGCAUUAUCUCUGCUUACUAUCAACAAAGAGACACACACAACCCUGCAGUACCAAAUGGUCUCGGAAGCUCUUGAGAAGUGGAUUUGUUUUUCUUUGCAAUCCAAAGAGGAAAUGUAAUCAGUGUAAAUAUUCCAGCUGUUUUUCCUCAUGUGUGCAAUCCAACAACAAAAAGGGAAAUUAUGAGCAAACCGUGGUGUUGGUUAACAUCGCACAUGCAGGCAAACACAAUGCAAAAACAGACCUAAUGAAGCUCUAUAGUUUAUAUUUCUAUGAGAAGGAUAUUUUGUAAGAUUUGUCUUCAAAAAGACAGUACAUAUAAACUCACAAGACAGGAAAUUCAAUUUAAAUAAGUUUGUAGCAGCACUGAGUAAAAACAUACAUGUUUACUCUUGUCAGGUUUCUAUUUAGAAGAAAUAAUAAACAGAAAAAAACAGUUUGGCUUUGUGCUGCACAAAGGUAAACCCUAUAUUAAAAAACACAAAUAUACAUCAAUUUCUGACAAAAAAAGACAACUCUGGAGUUUUUCUGUCUGCUUAGAGUAACAAAACAAAAAUCAAAUAUUUUAUUGAAAGAAAAAUUAUAUUUCACAAUCUAUUAUAUAAAAUGCUUUCUAAAGAGGUGGUUAUUUAUCUUUUUUACAUAUCAGUUCAGAGUUUAAAGUUUACGUGCAACAACAUGUCCUAAAAAUUCCCCUAAAUCUGACAUUAAUAAAUGAUCAUGUCUUACAAAAAAUCUGUACAUCAAAAAAAAAAAAACAUUGCUGGUCUUCUUCUAAACGUAUCAUAUGUCAGAACAUAUUCUUUAAGUGUCUGUGAAAUGUAUUUUUUCUGUGAACUGGUUGAUAUGUGCUGUUCUGCCUUAUUAAUCUUUUUUAGAGUUGAUAAAACAGCGACAGAAAAAGUGCAUUUCUGCAUGGAUUCGAUUUCUCCUGCAUCAGUCUUCUAUUAUUUCUGUGUCAUUUUCCGUGUGUAGAAAGGACAGGAUAAGACUUCCAUCUCAAUAAAGGAGAUCAAACCCCAAA